AUGAAAGACACUGAUUUUCCUUUCUUUCACAAUCUUUUCCAUGGGAGUUCUUGGAAGCCAGAGGUAAUUGGGGGGGUUAACAAUGGCCUAAUAUUUCCCUUAGGUCCUUCUCCCUCACCAAAGGGUAAUAAUUUGUUCCAAAAUCCCUUCCUUAAUUUUGAUCAAAACCUUCCCCUUAGUGUGUCAAAUUUUGGUCAUUUCACCACUCAAGGAUCAUCACCUGGCCCUUUGCUUGGCCUUUCAAACACAAGCAAUAUUGAAUCCUUUCACGAGCCUUACACAAAUGAUGUUGGGGUGGUCUCAUCAAAGGAUUUGAAUAUUCCUAAUGUUUUUAACUCAUUGCCUCUUGCACCUCCAAGCCAUAAUGGGAUCUUGCAUGGUUUGCCAAGUACUAAGCCCUUUUGGGGCAAUAAUCAAAGCUCGAUUCAUCAAGCGGCCGGCCAGCCGCCUAUACCGACGUAUUCGUCCUCUUUGAACUUCAGAGAUUUGGGAUCAACCAAAGCUAAUACUAAUUUGCCUGAUCAUGAUGAUGAUAUUCAUGUGUCAUGCAUAACCACACCUGAUCAGAAAGGGCAGCAAAAAAGAGUUGCUGGCCAGAAGAAGAGGAAGAGGAUGCAUAUUAUGAGAAAGGCAAGCAAGGGCGCUCAAAAGAAAUCCAACGUUGUCAAAGGCCAAUGGACUCCUCAGGAGGAUAGAGUGUUGAUACAAUUGGUGGGGCGUUAUGGAAUCAGAAAAUGGUCAAAAAUUGCAAAGACGCUGAGUGGUAGAGUAGGGAAGCAGUGUAGGGAGAGAUGGCACAACCAUCUGCGGCCUGAUAUUAGGAAAGAUACUUGGAGCGAAGAAGAAGACAAGAUCCUGAUCAGGGCCCACAAAGAGGUCGGCAACAAAUGGGCCGAGAUCGCUCGGAGAUUGCCUGGACGGUCGGAGAACACCAUCAAGAACCACUGGAACGCCACCAAGCGACGGCAAAACUCCAAAAAGAGGAACAAAGACCUCAACUUCAAAGGCUCUCUCUUGCAGAACUACAUCAGGAGCAUUACAACCCCAAACCAAAACGACAACAAUAUUGCUAUUAACCUCAACAACGACGCCGCCAAAAACGACGACGACGACGGCGUUGACAAUAAUACGACGUCGGUUGAUGAUCAUGAGCCCCAAAUGCAGCAGCUUCUGGCGGAGAACUCGGACGUGACUUGCGUCGAUAACUGGGUCGUUAAUCUGGCGACUAAUCUGGUUUACAGUACUAAUAAUGGUGCUAAUAAUAUUAAUAACAAUGUUAAUAAUAUCAAAUUUGUGGAUGUGGAAAACAACAAGAGUUUGUACUCCGAGAGCUACGGGUUCAGGUCGUUUUUGGACGAGAUGGCGUACGGAACGGCGAUGGAGAACGAGAGCAAUGUGGAUUUCCAGAUGAGGACUGAGAUUGAGAGCCUCAUGAAGGGACCUGGAGAAGUCAAGAAGGAGAUGGAUUUGAUGGAGAUGAUUUGCCAGGGAAAGCUUUGA